AUGCCUCGUAAACGGGCGGCCAUUGCGUGCAAGUUCUGUCGGACCAGGAAGCGAAAGUGUGAUGGUAAACUACCAAGAUGUACCAACUGUGAAAAUAUGCUGGUCGAAUGCACCUAUCAAGAGCAAGCUCAACCAAGGGUUGAUCAAACAAAACGACUGGAAAGAAUUGAGGCAUUACUUCAAGCACAUUCUGACGCCAUUGCAGACCUGUCCAAAAACCGGCAACUUGAAGGAGCUGAUAUCAUGUCUGAUAGGGUAGAUUCCAGCGAGCAUGGAAGUUUGCCAUCAUCAAAGCACGAUACGAACUCUGAUGAGCAACCUACUCCUGCACUCUCAGAAUUCUUGUUGCAUAGGGAAGCAGAGCCUAGACCCACUCUCGACGACAGUCUCACUCUUCCUCUAUUCACUAUUCCUUUCGGUCACCAAACAACCACGAGCAGCCUUCUUGUCCUCCCACAGGUGCGUGAACUAGCAGGAAACUUUCCGCAUGAUAUUUUCUUCCAAAUCGAGGCUGGUCGGUCAUUUCUGGGAGAUAUGCUGUUCUCGAUGGGGUCAUCAACCCGAUAUGAAUUACCAUUUCUUGAUCACGCAAUCACAGACAGACUUCUGGAACAAUAUUUUAAAUUGGUCCAUACAUACCACCCGCUUUUUGAGCGAGAUGUGCUUAUCGAUCAAUAUCAUAAUGCUUUAGACCGAGGUCUUCAACUAAAUGAAGAGUCUGCGUUGUGUCUAGUUGCAUUGGCGCUUGGGGCCAUCGCCUCAGAGCCUAGGCAACAGGAUGGAGAGGUCGAACGUGAAACGCCAGGUUUUAUAUACUUUCAACCCGCUCUUAACAUCUUCUUCGCAACAUGGGCGAACUCCUUCGGCAAUAAUAUUGUGUUGGCCCAGGGGCUGGUGCUGUCUGCUUUGUACCUUCUUUAUUUGAUGAGACCGCUACAAGGAUGGCGUCUCAUCCACAUGGCUUCAACGAACAUCCAGCAGACUUUAAUUCGAUCAGAACAGCUAAGUAAAUCCCAGCGGGAAAGCAUCAUUCGAAUUUGUUGGUCCUGCUUUCUUGUCGAAUGUGACAACUUGGCAGAGUUUGAUCACCCAAGGAGCGGAAUUGAGCCACUGGUAGACAACAUGCCAUUCCCCAGCUGUGGCAACCCACCGGACCAAAAUGUGCAGCACUACCUGGCAAACCUCUCAGCACGAUGUCUGCUGAAUCGCAUUCAUCAUUCGAUCUACUUCACUAGUGAUGUACCGACUAAGCAUCCCAAUCAUUCAUCAAUGGCGCUCGACGCUGCCUUCUCGUUACCACGACUACCGAGCAGCUCUCUUAUUAGAGUAUGCACUGAACUUGACCAUCAGUUACAAACGUGCUGCCUCGCCUCUAUUUUAGUCCUCACUUUAGCGCGACACUCCUCUUUGUUGGAACAUUUAGUUCCAGACAUCGAUAAUCUUCAGAAUAUUGCCAUCGAAACACUGAAGUUAUGGAGCAACUCUGGAUCUAGCAUUGAGCGUGCGCAUGAGAUUGCCAUUUCCAUCCGCGCGAAGCAGCUAUUUAAUGCUUAA